AUGGCUCUCGUCGGUCUCUACAUCACCACGCUUCUAAUGCUCUCCAAAUCUUGUAUCGCAUCCCCAUCCCCAUCCCCAACACAUCUAAUGCGAGUCAAGUCCUAUAUCGAGGCACAAUGCAAAGGCACUCAGUAUCCUAUAACAUGCAUUCAAUGCCUCUCCAACUACGUGAAAGAGACCCCAAAGAGCCCACAAGAGUUGGCACACUUAUCCCUCGAGGCGAGCUUGAUCAGAGCCAAGUACGCUAAAGAGUAUGUGAUUGAAGUCGCAAACAAGUUAAAAGAAACAAGACCCAAAUCCAGGGAUUACAUUUCCUUAAAGGAUUGCUUGGAACAGAUAAACGAUGGGAUGGACCAACUUCGAUCAUCCUUACAAGUGAUGAAGACCAUAGAUGAUCAAAAUGGUGAGGCGAAUUUCAUGUUGCAAAUGAACGACAUACAAACUUGGCUCAGCGCAGCCUGGACCGACGCUGCAACAUGUGUGGAUGGUUUGCCAAAUCUAGCCAUAGGGGGGAAGGUGAAGGCCAUAAUACGGGAGAAGAUGCUAAACGUGGCUCAGACAUCUACUAACGCUCUAGUGUUUCUAGACCGGUUUGCAUCCAAGCAUCGAAUCACCGGUGCCAAAACCAAUCCUUAA